AGGCUGAGCAGAGCACUGAGACACAGCUGAGAAUUAGAGAGAGAGAGAGAGAGAGAGAGAGGGAGAGAGGUAGAGAGAGAGUGAGCGGUGAAGUGGAAAUAUGGGUGAGCAUCAGAGAAAGACAGAAAUAGAGCGAUAAAGCAGUGAAUUAGGCAGCGGCAGAGAGAGGAGGAGGAGGAGGAGGAGGGACACAGAGAGUCUUUCACUGAGGCGCUGAUGCUUCAUGCAGACAUUGUUAUUUUCCCGUAGCAGAAGAGCUCUCGUCGUGUGUGGAUGUGAGGACCUCGUGGAUUUGCUGCUUUGCUGAGACUCAGAGGAAUUCAUUGCAUCUGGAUCCAAGACGGCUGCAGACAGGAGGAUGCGACUGUGGCUGGAUGCUAGGAUCCAUGUGGGCCUGUGACGUCUGCACUCCCCUCAGUGGCUACCUUCUUCCCCAUAAGGAUGCCUCCAGCAGCACUGACCCAGAUUGUGGAGUCCUGGCUCUUAGCUGUGCACUGCUCCUCGGGUGGUCUGUGAAUGUGAUGCGGACGAGGCAUGCUCUACACCUCGGCGGAGACCGCUCAGCCCGCUGCCUCUGCUGACAUCUGCCUCCGUGGAUACACACAACAACUGGCAGGCUACGCCACCAAGACUGAUCCAUAAUAGUAAUCCCCAGCUGGAGAACAAACAACAUCUGGGCGUGGAGAGAAGGGAGAGGGCGAAGUCUCAGCAGGGUGGGCGGCAGAUGGUGACACUGCAGCAGCACUUCUCCAGCAUGGAGGAGACGGUGCGAACGCUACUACAGAACCAGGACUCACUGGAAGGGCCCAAGGUGGAUCCACUGGACCUCAUGAAAGCCUACAAGGACAAACUGCUGGAGGAAAUGUGGAAGCAGCAGGAUAGUCUGGAGGGUCCAACAACCACCGCAGCACAGAUGCCUGUGUCGCCUGAGGCCGGCGGAGGGUCGGAGGAAAAUUCAAAGGACAGCAAUCCCCUGCUAGAGCGACUCAGAGCCCUGGAGGCGGAGAACUCUGCUCUGUCAAUGGAAAAUGACAAUCAGAGGAAGCAAUAUGAGCGCUGUCUGGAUGAGGUGGCGAACCAGGUGGUCCAGGCCCUCCUCACACAGAAGGACUUGAAAGAGGAAUGUGUGAAGCUGCGGACCCGUGUGUUUGACUUGGAGCAGCAAAACCGCAUACUGAGCGUGCUGUUUCAACAACGUGUCAAAAUGUCCGCGAUUCCUGUCUCCCAGGAGGUCCAAAGGAAUGGAAAAGCAGGUAUUCCUGCAGGAAGGUGGCCCAGCCUGUUGAGUCUAACAUGCCCACGCAGUAGCGGUAGCGGCAGUGGCAGUGAACUGUCACUAUCCAGUGCUUGUAGUGAGUACUCAAGUGGCUCCCACACUUGGGCUGAGGGACGUGGAUGCUCCAAGCAGUGCGCUACAAGCCGGGACAAAAGGAUGAGCGCAGGUUCAGUAUCCAGCAAUCAUUCUGCACCCAUCGAGCAAACAGACUUGGGAUGGAAGGAAGGCCACAUCCUGAAAGGUCUGAAGCGUCUCCAAAUGUGCAGCUCCAAAGACGCAUCCUCACAUGCAUCUGUACCACACUGCAAAGAUUGUAUGACCUCCAAUGAGGGCAUAUACUCACUUGGUGUCAAGUGUGGCUUACAAGGGAGUGCAGCCAAGCAAGUAGCCCCUACAAGUAAACCUUUCAAGGCCGGUGCAGGAAUCGCUGCCCUAGACUCUGAUGAUGCAUAUGAAGAUUCAUCUAAAUUACAAAGUAAGGAAUCCAGUGACCAACCAACAAAAGAGCUUCUUUGCUUGGAGAAACUGGACGUCACAAGGGAUGAUGACAACAAUUUUCAAGAAGUCCCUGAAAAACUUGCAGGGAAUUCUGGUGUUUUUCCCUCACCUGUCACAGACAACUUCUUAUUUUUGGAGGGCCCCACAGUAAAACCUGGGGCAAGCCCAACAGAUAGCCUUAUGCAUCUGGAAGAAAAAAACAAAGACUCUCUAGAAAAACACAAGCCUUCAGGUAUGAAGCUAAGUGAUAGAAACAAUAACCAGGAAAGGUCUACUGACCGUAAAUCCAGACUUGAUCAUGUCAAAAGACAACAAGGUAAACUUGCAGUCAAGCAAGUUGAAGCAGGGACAAGUGAUAUGAGCUCUUCUAUUCAGAAUUGUGCAACAAGAGCUUUGAGCUGUGUGAACGUAGCCAGACAACGCAGCUCCUCAAUGGAAGUUCCCCACUGCAGAGGCCAGGCAUGUCAAGCUGGCAGUGAAAGCCAGCACUACACCAUCUCAGAAUUCCCACAGAGGAAACCUAAACCUCAGCUUUGUGAGUCAGCAAGAAAGGCUUUCAUUUUGCGGAGCAAGAGUGCAGAUGCAGGACAAGAACAACAAAAGCAUACACAUUCUCCUCUCCACCAAAAGCUUAUUAAGGGUCAGAGGUCCAAAGGACAGUCAAACCCUCCGGGGCACAGCGUUCCUAGCAAAAGGACCAAUCUCAGUAAAACAGAAGGUUCAAGCAAGGGAGCAUUAUCUGAAGUUGAGAAAGAUAAGGACAUGCCAGUAUCAACAAGUUCCAAGUCUCUCAAGAGUGUACAACAGCGCUCUCCCCUUGCCUCCCCUGUGAAGCAUUCAAAGACGUUUAAAUCUCCAGGGAUCAAUGAAUGUUUAAAGAGCCCAACAAAAUCCCCAUUACAAAUGACUAGACUUAAAUCAAGCAGUGACUCUGUGGAAGAGAGCAUCUAUGACAACUUACCUUGCUCUCCACGUAAACAACGACGCCAAGACCAGCACUGUGAUGUUUCCCGUUCAGAAAUUAGGUCCCCAUCCCCACCACCACUCCCAGGUCGAACUACUUCUCUUCUUCUGAGACCCAGUUGCGACAGCUUACCCAAAGCACAUAAAUCUGCUGGACAGGCUCGAAGCUCUACUACUGGGAAGAUACCAUCAAGCACCACCAAGCCACAGUCAAAUCAGCUUUCUCCUAUUUUACAGCCUCAACAAUCUAACACAACAAAAGACAAUCAACAUACAGCCCCACAAAUAGGUGCUGAAGGUAAGCCACAAAAAGAUUUCCCUGCCAAAGUCUACCAUACCCACUCAUCCAAGAUACCACCUGUCCCAGUUCAAGAGUCACAAGCUCCAGAGUCAGUCCAGUUAUCUAUGGACAGAUCUGCCAUGUGCCAUGAUGAGAAUGGUGCCUCCCCUAUAUUGCCAAGCCAGAGCAUCUUACAAAGAUCCCAACAAAGUAUUAGUGAGCCAAAACUUUCAGAAGUCUUGCCUCAUACAUAUUCUAAUGUUUACUAUCAUGGGAUUGCCAAUAAUCUUCAGAGUUCAAGAGCUGUAAAAAUGGCUCUUCCUAUAAAUGCUAAAUCUCAUGAGGCAAUCUCUGGACAGGAAAACAGUACCUUCCUAGUUUUUGGAAGACAGAACAAAGAUGAUACAAACCCUACUACGAAAAGUGUCCAGACCUUUCAGACUUUCACAUGUGAUCCCCAGAUGAUACAUGAACGUAGUGCUAAUGACAAAGCCCGCAGAAAGAUUGAGACCCGCUGUAACUCACUGGAUUCUGAGCCCACUGUUCAACCUGUACCAUCAGACAGUGGAGUGAUGUUAGAUUGGGGAUUUGAUGAGGAAGGUUGGCUAUUUAAACGGUCUGUGUCUGUGUCAACUAGACCUCCCCUUAAACCAGUAAUGGGCAUGAAUGGGGCCAAGGCUCGUAGCCAGAGUUUUGGUGCACGCUACAUGGACAGGCCAAGCUUCAACAGAUCUGGAAAGGUCCGUACCCAGAUCAAAACACACUCAGGGAGCUCCUUGAACUCUCUUAGUGAUGUCCUUCCAGGAAGUAUGAGUUGCUCCAGUAGCUACCAUUGCCCAAUGAAUCGAUCCCUUCUGAACAACUUCAUGAUUGAAGAGGGCCUGACAGUUCCCUCACAUCUGGGAUCCUCCAGUGAAAGACUUCAAAGUCUUAAACAACAACGAGAGCAGGCUAGGCGCCUUCAGAUUGAGCAACAAUUUUCAAGUGCAUUUGGUGAGCCAGUUUCUGAAGAACCAGAGAGACAAAGUACUAUAACCACAAUUGAAGAGAAAGUGAUGCUUGGAAUAGAGGAGAACUUGCACAAGACUCAGGAACAGGAGAGAACCAUUGAAGUGAAACAAAAAUCUGGCUCAACUUUGGCAAAUUGGUUUGGCUUUCGUAAGAGUAAGCUUCCUGCUCCAAGCAGCAAAAAGACUGAUCCAUCGAAGGUAAAAGAGGACAAGAGAGAGCAAAAGAUUACAUCGCUCCUGGGAGGAAAGCAGACAAAGUCUGACAAAAAGAAAGACAGAAGAAAAAGCGAUGGAAAAGACUGCUCUGUGGGCAGAAGAGAGUCUCAUGAUGCAGUGCGGGCAUGCAUCUCAAUGCCCUGCCCAGGAAUGUCCCUGAAUGAGAUACAAGGACACAGUGACAUCACUGGGGACCCAAAGAUGCAGAUGGUGAACCUGAGAACUGAUGGUGAAAAUGGAUCCACAGUGAAAAGCCCCAACCAGGAUUCUGUAAUAGGCUUCGGCUGCAAGAUGCGAACGUUGGACAGUGGAAUCGGGACCAUCCCCCUUCCUGAAUCCUGUUCCUUCUUCUCCUCCAUCCUGCACCUCCUCCCCAAAUCCACAUCAACCCCAGAACAGUCCCUCAGUCCUCCUAGUGUCCCUGGUUCCUCCAGCGAGGACGUGUCUCCUUCCCCAUUACCCCGGUGGAGAAUACCCUCCAGCUUUAAGGACAGCAGCCAUGCAGGGGUGCCAAGCUCCCUGUCCGACUCCUCCAUGACCCAUAUCCAGUCAGUGCCUUUCCCCACUGUGGCCUUCCUCCAGCCCAUCCAACCCCAGUCUCAGCCCAUUGUGACCUCUGCCAGUGUGUGUGAUUCCCAGAGCAGGCUACCCAGACCACCACAAGGUGGAUUGGAACCAAAGAAGUUGACCUAUAUCAAAUCGAAAACACGAACUACUCCGAGCCAACAGAAAGAACAGACAAGACUUCAGCUUGCCAACUAACUUAUGAAGCUGAAUGAAUCAACCUGAAACGAGGAAUCAGGAAAUCAGUUGGAUUUAUCACUCUAACACACACACACACACACACACACACACACACACACACACGGAGGAUCCCUGAAUCCCCCAGUUUGGACAAUGAGUCUGUGUAUCAGGAUGAAAACGCUCAGAACUGGAAAACAAGUGAGCUUGGCAUUGCAGGCUUCCACCUGUGCUCAGUGUAGUGUGGAGAUACUGAGUAGCCUUUCAGGUGUAGUAAUGAACCUUCUGGCAGCCAUUUUGGAGGUCUGGCAUCAGCUGUGGGCAGAUGAUUAAAUGUCUAAAUGUACAACAACUCUGCUGUCUCUCACACACAUGGUUAUUUUUUCUGCUGUUUCCUCCCCCUCGGAGACGUAACAUUUAUGCAAACACAUAAACAGACAGGAUUUGUUUUUUUAAUUGCAGGUUCGCUAAUGUAGCACUUUCAUGGCAACCUGCAAUCAUCACCAUCUUAUUAACACGUCUGAGUUGCACACGAGUACUAGUACUUGGCUUGGUUUGAGCUAAUAUUAGUGGCCAGCAGCUUGAGCAGCCAACUGGUUUGUGGACUAGCCUUGAGUUUGGCAUUAUGGAGGUUUCUUGGAACCAGUAUAUUAGGACAAGAGUGUGGAGCUGAUUGUGGUCACCCUGGUAGCAACUUGUCAGUCACAAGCAUACCCUGCUUUGUUUAUUUUACUCUAAAUGGGACCAUCAUUUACUAAAUGAACAACAUGUUGUACAGAAGAAGACUUGGCACUAGUGACUGAGACUAUAAACUCAUUAGGAAACUGUUUACUGAGUUAAUAAGUCAAGUGUUUAGUCGAGACCUUUUCUCAUACACUUCUAUAUAAUCAGACCUCUUGUCAAACAGUGGAGUCGCCCCCUGCUGGCCAUAACAAAGAAUGCAGGUUUAACACUCUUCCACACUGGCUGCAGAUUUCAGACCCAGAAGCUUCGUCCACUACUUUAUAUACAGUCUAUGUGUACGACUAGUAAUAGUACCGAGAAGAAUUUAAGACAAGAAGACAAUUUACAGGGUUGCAGUGACCUGGAUGCAAAAACUGAACUUACUAAAUGGAUCUAGUGUUCAGCUGCCAUCAUUAAAAAUUCUAUUUCUCACAUUGCUCAUUACUAUGUGGACAUUAUCAAGGAUUUUGUCUACACACAGAAACACAUUCAACCUAUUUCAUACAUAUAUAAUUUUGUAGGCUGUUGGUAAAAAUAAAUGCAUUUAUUAAGUUUGACCACUAGUAGACAGAAAAAAUACAUAUAAUUUUUUUAUUACAUUUAAGCCAAAAUAAUAAUAUUAAUAUUCUCUAUUCUUUAUCUUUGUUUUGGUCUCCACCAGCUCUUUAACUUGCUAGCUGUUCGACUGCAUGCGCUUUGUUAAUGAGUGCGAUCAGUUAGCUUACAGUGGGUUUCUGUGGUGGCUCCAGUUCACCAUCAGACCUCCAUAAUGGCACCAGUUGUGGUCACUUUUAGACACUGAAAGACCUCCACUAAAAUCCUGCUGAACAAAGAUUAUUUAGCCACAUUCCUUUGCAUUUCCAGACAUUUUAUUAAAUGUUUAUGUGAAGAUCUAAUUCUGCUUGAGAGCUAAUAAAUAUCUAAGCUAGAAUAAUUAUGUCAGUAAUAUAUUUUUGAGCAAACCUUAAGAAGGUACCUUGAGAUUACAAACUAUGACGUCCAUCCUGAAGACUUCGAUGUACAGCACUAACUACUGAAUGCCAUUCAUGAGCUCUAUACCUGACUGAGUAAUGUGAUUCUUUAAAGUGUGCACUAUCUUGUUGGAAACCCUUUUUUUAUUGUCACAAUGUUAAACUUGCAUGCAGCCACCCUUGGACUUAUUAUAACCAGAGAAAUGCAUCCUAAGAAUCUGAUAUAUGAAGACUUUCAUCACAAGAGGUGGAAAAUACUGAUGUGUGAAAAUGUAAUGUGCACUUUUUCGGUCUUUUAAAAAUACCAUCCGUGGUGACCGACUUCCACACCUGUUGUCAUUUUAAAUAAGUGUCACAUUUCACAAGUCUCAUCUUGUAAUGAAACUCCUCAUAUGUGAACUGCAUUUUGUACGUUUCCACAGUUAUGACAUCAAGACAAAGCGGUGUGAGUUUUGCAUGUAACCUUAGUUAUAAAGCACCUACUGUAGUAAGCACAUUGUGGACAUUGUUGUGCUAGCUCAGGGAAAAUACCAUUUAUUGUCUCUGAUAGAUGCUGUGGAUUUAAUAAGUAAACCUCAACUUUAACAUCUCAUUGCAGUCAGUUAACGCACCCGAUUUCAUUGUAACGGUUUAAGGAUAUUACCUGAACUCAAUAUUCUCCUCUUGUCAGUUUUUGUCUGUACAUUUAACUGUAAGAUAUCGCACCGCGGUUGCUCAGUUUCUCUCUCUAUUAUGUAUGCUGUGUCCUUUAUAGUAAUGUUUUCGGUGUUUUUGAAUGCAUCCCAGCAUAUUUGACGGUUUUAGCUGCUUUGCGAUGUUUCUCUCCCUCACACCUUUGUCAGCUCCCUCGCCUCUCGUGUGUAGAUAUUUGCCAAAAUACAUAUUGCCAAACACAUCUCUGAGCUAAAUCACAUAUACAGAAAAUGAAUGCAACUGAAUCUACAUAUCAGACUUGUCAUGGUGACUAUAGCCAUAUUCAUUUGAAACACUAGAGACAGUUUACAGUUUCAUGUGAUGUAGAAUUAUGGAGCACUGUAAUGUUGCACAAUAUCAUUAGUCAUGUCAUCUUACUGUAUUUACCUCUUCUUUAAAUCACUUGCUACAUGUCUAUGUUGAAGGUUAUAUCUGUCAAAUUAAAGUCAGUGGACACACACAGGUUUAAUAAAUGAAAAAUGUAGCGUACACAGGUGAGACGAGGUGAUAAUGGAUCAGGGAACAGAUUGGCUGUACUGAUACGGGUAGAUGGAGCAUGGCGUCUGUGUUUUUAAAAUGGCUCACAUAAUGAAGAGCGUCACUCUCACAAGAGUAUUGUAUUUUUUUAACAUUUACUCUAAUGCCCUGUAUUUGUACUCAGCACUGAUGAGUGUAAUUUACCAUUUAUUGCACAUAUUGUUACUCACUAUUGCAGUUAUUCUCCUUCUAAAUGUUUUUUUUUUUUCAGAACCCGAUAAUAACAGUGAUGUUCUUGUGUGACAGUCACCUUAGCAGUACGAAUUGAGAAUUGUAUAUUGCUGAUAUUCUUUGUUUUAUGUAAAAGAAGAAAGAAAAAAUAAACUAUUUCAAUACUUA